GUCAAGCAAAAUAGGAGGAAGAAAGGAGACCUGAUAAUGUGAUUAGCAAAGAAACCACCUCUUGCCUCUCUGUCUACUUUUUUCCUCUCUCAUUUUUUCUUCAUUUCUUUUUCUUCAUUCAUUUCACAACCCCCAAAGAAUAAGGAUCCCACACCAUGAAACUGACUCCAACAUCCAUCACCCUUUUUCUGGUUGAAAUAGGAACUUUUUUCUCGGAACUCAUCGUCGCUAUAUGUUGCGGCUUAUAUGUCUCAUCCUAUCCAAAGUCCUCUGAAGCGACGUCGCUCUCUGGCAUAGCUAUUGGUACUUUUGCCUUUGCCAUCUUGAGCACCCUUGCUACAGCUGUGCUCAUUUUACGUCAAAAGUAUGGUAAAACCAUGCGAGCCAUCUUUGAGAGCGCAUGGGUCAUUUUUGCGACUACGAUGUGGAUCCUAGCUGCUAUAGGAGGUAUUGCUUAUCCACCUAAUGGCAUGUCGAACGUUUCGUGCAAGAUCCUACCCAACGGAACAGAAACAUCGGAUCCAAACUAUACUCGUGCAUGUCAAUCCAUGUUUGCAUCAACAGCCUUCUGUAUCGUCACGGCACUGUUCUACAUCGCGACUAUGAUCAUGCUAUUUGUGUAUUCAGUCAAGAGGACCUAUCAUGAUCGCAAGUCAAAAAAGAAGCAAGUCGGAGGUCAUUACAAGUUAUCCAUGACACCCUCUCAAUACCGUCGUUCAGAAAAGGAGGUUGAAGAAGGCAAGAACCUUAAAGGGGCAGGCGAACACGAGGAGGAUGAACAAGACCAACAGCAGCAACAACAACAAGAAGAAGAAGAAGAAGAAAGGUCGGGGGCCAUUAAAGAUGGACAUUUUACAGAGAAUGUCUACAAAGAUCCAAUGGUUUCAAACGUUCCUGUCACACAUCAGCACCACAUGAAUCUGCAGCAGCAGCAGCAUCAACAACAGCAAUAUCUAAAUCAACAUCAACAACAGCAAAGCUUAUGGAAUCAACAGCCAGCGUAUACUCCAUAUUAAGCAUAUCCAAUUCAGCUAUUGACACUGACAAUAGUUAAAGUUCGCGGCUUUUCGUGAGUAUUAAUGUAUAUAUCUACAGCAUAAAACCAUUCAAUACAUGAGUAUAUAGCAUCAAUUCCAACUCUCUAUCAAUGAUAUCAAUA